AUGACUGAAACUGAAUUACAUCUCCUAGAGACUUGGGUAAAAUAUGGAUUUGGUUCAAUCCUGGCCCAUGGCAAAACUGGCUGUGGGACCGUGGGAAUGAAUACUGUUAGUUGCAAGGGGGUAGACCCUUGGGGUGGCCUAUAUGAGCACUCCCACUUUGGAAACCCCAUGAGGAACUCCAGAACUAUGGGAUUGGGACCAGUUAUUCUGCCUUUUGGCUUAGGUGGUCCUUUGUGCAUUCUAGGGACUGCUUACAGCUAUUACCAAUUUCGGGUAAUUUAUGGGCCAGAUGAGCUCAGUGUGCUCUCUGAGGCAUUUUGCAAGUUGUCCUCACUUACCAAGUGCAGUACUUAUGCUAUUCACACUCAUGAUCUAAGAAGCCUGAUGCAGUUGUUUGAGGAUGAAAGCAGAGUAAUUAUCUGUGGGCAAAAAGGCUGCAAGACAUUGUGGUACCACUUUUCAAGGGUUGGACUGCCAGUAGAUCUUGGUAUCAAUGACUGGGUUUGUGACCCAUAUUUUACCUAUAUAUGGAAGGUUGUUCCCAUGCCUGGUUGUGCCUUGCAUAAUGCUUUGCAGCGUGAAUUUUUUGAAAUUGUAUUUGGCUGUGUUUAA